AUGUUUAAUUAAUAUCUGAAAUUACUUCACAUCUAAUGGGAAUCAAAAAUUAUUGAUUAUAUUUCAGAUUCACUCAAAGACGAUCUAAAAUAAUCUCUAUAAAAUUAAUCUAUUAUGGAAUCAAAGUUUAUUUCUAAAUCAAAAAGUUAAAAUCAAUAAGAAUAUGAAAGCAUUUUCUAAUAAUAAAGAGAAUCUCCUUUUUUUUCAACUUACUUAAUCAUACAUUCUGUUAUUAAAGAAUAUUAUGCAUAAACUGAAAAUAUUUUAAAUGAAUUGUCCACUACUAUAAAUAUAUCUAAUAUAUUCUCAUAAUAAAUUAUAAUUGAAUAAGUCAUUUAUUGCAUGGACAAUCUACUUUAUGAAUAUGACAAAUUACCAGAAAUCAAUGAAAAUGUCAAAUAAGUUCUAUAUGAAGUCUUUUAUGAGAUUGGAGGGAAUAUCAUUUAAUUUAUAAAGAAUAUAAUACAAAAUAAUGAUCACUAACAUUAAUAAUAUAAAUAUAUCAAGGCAUUUAUUAAUUUAUAAAGGCUAAUAAAAUUGAUUAUAUCCUUUAAUUUCAAGAAAAAAUAAGAAACAAUAAAUUUGAUUUAUUAAAUAUUAUUAGGGAAUACUCUAUAUUUCACUUAUUUAAAAGAUAUUGAAAUUUAGAAUUUUCUAUAGAUUUUUGAGAUAUUUUAAUAAUGUUAUUUAUAAAAUGAAAUGCAACUUUAAGAAUUAAGUAAUGUUGAAUAAUUUUAGGAGAUUUCAUUUUGUUAAAUAUAUUUAUCAUGUUUAAAAUAAAAUUAUCAAUAAAUGUAAUAUAUAUAAUUUAUACAGUCAAAUUCAUGUAAAUGGAUUGAUUAAAUUAACUAGUUGAAUGAUAUCAAUUAUUAUUUAAUUUUCAUUUAUUUGAUUUAAAUAACUGAAUUUGUUGAUAACAUCAAAUUUGAUAUCAAAAUAAUACCAUUUAGAAAUCAAUAAAUAAUUACAUUGAUAUAGUAAAAGAAUUAUAGAAUUGUUGGUCAUUUAAUUAAAUAAUUAUUAUCUAAUCCAAAAUUAUAAUAUAUAUUGUAAAUAUUUGAUUUGAUUUUCAAAAUUAAAAUAAAGAAACUAAAUUAUCCUAUUAUAAUAUAAUUGGAGAAUAAUUAUUAUAAAUUAAUAAUAAUAAUAUAAUAAAUAGUUACCUUGAUAUUCAUAUAUAAGAAUUGAAAGAGUUUAUUAAUGACAAUAAUAUAAAUACUCAAUAACUUAUUAAAUUUAUUUAAUACUUAUGUUAAUAUUACCCAUUAUUUAAUGAAGAACAAAAAAUAGAAUUCAACUCUUCACUUAUUCAAUUUUUUACUUAAGAAAUCAAAGAAUAGUAAUAUUCUAAGAUAUUUGAUCUAAAAAUUUUAGAAAAUAUUGAAAAUGAAUAAAUUUAUAAAUAAAUAAUUGAUAUUGCUAUUUCAAAUUCCUCUAAAAGUCUAUAACAUAGCUAUGGUUUCUUGAAUUUCAUCUAGAAAGUUAAUUAUAUAAUUUAUAUUAUUUUAGUCAAUCCAACUGAAUUCUAAAAGUUUUAAGCAUAUUUUGAGAUAUAUUACUAUUUUAAUGAGGUCUUGUAAGAAAAAUAAGUAAGGAGUAUAUAAAAAUAAAAUUAGUUAUAAAAAGGGAAAAGGAACUUAUAUUCUCAAUUAUUUAUAUUUAAAUUUAAGAUAUUUUGUAUCAUUAGUUAAAAAUAUUUAUGAUUUUAUAAUAAAGAGUUCUAAUAAAAGUGUUGAAUAACAUUAAAUCUAUGUAGAAAUCUAUCAUAAAAUCACAUAUAUAAUUUAUAUGAUUUUUUGGUUGACUGAUGAUAAAUAUAUUAUAAAUUUAGAUGAAAUUUAAUAAAUUUGUGUAGAAUUAUGCUAAAUUCACUAUAAAUUUACUAUUAAUCUAAUUAUUAUACUUUAAUACAAUGGAAAUCUAGAAACAAAUAUACUCUAUCAAAUAAUAAAUAAUAUCAAUGCUAUUGCAUAUGGAUAGGAUUAUAUCAUUUAUAUUAAGGAUAAUUACUUUGAUAAAGAUGAAAAUUUAUUAAAUAAUUCAAAUCUAUAUACUUAAUUAAAUCAGAGAAAGAUUCAAAUGAAGUUAGUAUUUAAUUAAUUUUAUGAAACAAGUAUAAGUAUUUUAUUUGAAGUGCCAAAUAUAUUAAUAGAUAGAAAAUUCUAUUUACAAAUAUUAAAAUUUUAAUUAAAAACAUAAAUUUCACUUAUACUUUCUUUUUAGGAUUUCUGUCCUAAAUUUAUUUUUUAUUUCAGAUUAGAAAGAGAUCCAGAAAUAAUAAAUUUGAUGUAAUAAUGCAUAAUCAUUGUGAUUUCUUUAAAUUAAGAUCCUCAAAUAAUUAAAUAACUUUUUGAAUCAUUAAGUCAACAUUAAUCUACAAUAUUGAUGAAUGAUUUAAAUGAUCUUUAAAUAGAUGCCAAUGAUUAAGAUUAAAUUUAAUUAGGUUAUAGAUUGGUAAAUUUAUAACCUUAUAGAAUUCCUUUAUUCUAAUAGAGCAGUCAUUUAAUAAAAUUAGUAGAAGAUAAAAAUUAUUAUACUAAAGUUUUCAAAAUAAUUUUAGAGACAUUUUAAUCAGUAUAUUAGAAAUGGCAGUAAAUUUCAUAAUAGGAAUAAUCAAAUCAUUUAUAUUUUUAAGGAGGAGAAUCAUCCAUCCAGAUGAAUUUCACACCUAUUCCUAUAUAGAUAAUUUAAGUAUUGAUGAAAUUAAAACUUAAUAUUUAAGAGAAUGAAGAUGAUAAUCUUUAAGAUUUAGAUGAAAUAAAAUUUGGAUCAUUUAUAGAUAAUUUUGAAUAGACUGAAAAAUUGAUUUUAUUUACUUUAGAAUUUACUAAAAAUCAAGAAAUCCAAAUAGCUAUUAAUUAAUAGACAUUUUUUAUUAUUUAUAAAUAAGAUGAAACCUAUUAGGAAUAAGAUUAUCAAACUAAUCUAGACUUGUCAUAAUGGUUUAAUUUAGAUUUUUAAAUUAAAAAUAAUUAAUAUCUAAUACUUAAAAUUAAUGAAUAAAUAUUUAAUUUUUAAUUAAAAUCACAAUAGAAUUAGUAACUCUAAUUUUAUAAGUUCAUUUUGGGAAUUAAAUUGAACGAUAAUAUUUGGAUAUAAAAUGAAUAGAAUAACUAUUAUUAAAUUUAAUAUAAUAAUUCAUUGAAUUUAAUGAGUUAAUAUUCAUUUGAGGGACAUGUAUCAGAAUUCAAUUUAAUAAUAAAUAAAUAUAAGAUUUAAUUUGAAUAAACUAAUAAAAUAAAUAUAUAAAAACAAACAAUAAACUUCAUUAAUACAGGAGUCAUAAGAGAAAAUGUAUAUAAAUUUGAUGAUAUUUUUUUAAUUACACCAUAUAUGCAUAAUUAAUUUAAUACAUAUUUACAGAAUGUCUAUAUUUUGAAUAUGAAAUAAGGAAUUAAUUUUAUCUAAUAAUGUGGAGGAGUCAACAUCUUUUAUAUGAUUUUAGAUUUAUUAUAUGACUUAUGUAAAAACAAAAAUGUAAGUGAUUAUGAAGAAAUUAUAAUGUUAAUAUUGGAUUUAUUCAAAGAAAAUAUUUAAUUUUAGAAUAAUUUGUUUAAUUCUUAAAAUCUAUAAUAUCUUGAAGAUAAUUGUAAAAGGUGGAUUUAAAAUAAUGAAAGAAUUUCUAAUGAAUUCAUUAAUAAAUUAAUGUCUAUAUAUAAUAUAAUCAAAAAUGAAUAAGCUUAGAUUUAAUAUCUGAUUACUAUUAUAAAGAUAUUGGAUAAUAAAUUCACUACUUUAGAAUAAAUAAAGAUUAUAUGUACAAAAUCAGUACUAUAGAAUUUGAUUAACCAAAAUUGUUUAAAUGAAUUAAUUAAUAUUCAUUUAUAUUUUGAAAGUAGAUAUAUAUUUACUUUGGUUUCUUUGAAAAAGAGUUAAGAAUUUAUUGAUAUUGAAGCUAUUAAUUUAUAACCAUAUUCCUUAGUUAAUUGUAUUCAAUAUUAAGGAAUUGUAUAAAUUGCUGAUAUAAAUUCCAUUAGUAAAAUUUUUAAUUUAAUAUUAAUUUAAUAAUCUUUUAACCUAUUCACUUUAGAUAUAUUAUAAAUAAUAGAUAUUUUAAUAGGAGAAAGAAUGAAAUAAAAAAUUAAAUUAAAAGAUGAGGAAGAAGAAGAUUUAAAUAUUUAUAAAAAUAUCAUUAUUUAAAUUUUAGAUAAGUAUUAAAAAUUGUAUAUAACUAAUUAAAUAUAUUUUUAUGAAUUAGAAGUAUUUGAUAAAUUGAAUGAAUUGACAUUUUCAAUUUAUUUUUCAAUAGUUUAAUAAUUAAGAUAUAAUUAUAAAGAAGAUGGAGAAUUGAAUUAAUUAUAAAUUUAUUAUGAUUAUAUUUCACAUAAAUAAUAAACAGUAAUUGGAUAUUGUUUAAUUUCAAAAAUAUUAUCUUUAAUUAAGUAUUUUGAAGAAGAUAUACAAUUAGUUAACUAAUUGUUAAGAUUUAUUAAUUAAUUGUAUUAAUAUCAAUUAAUAAAUGAUUCAAUAAAUGAAAAAAUAAUAAUUUGGUUUUUGGAUUAAUUUAAAAAUAUUGUAUUAAGAAAAUAACAAUCAGAUAUUUUAUUAAUGAAUCUAAUUAAAUUAUAAAAUUACACUUUAUUAAUCAAACAUCUUAUGACUACUUCUAUAAAUAAAAAUUAAAAUAUUUCUGAUUUAUUUACAUAUUGUAUUAUUUAUCUAAUAGAAUUGUACUCAAAUUUCACAAUUGAAAUCUUAUAUUAAAUACAUAUUUAAAGCUAAAUAAUAAAUAAUGAUAGUUUUAAUUUAUAUUUAUAAGCUAUUUAUCCUACAAUAAUCUAAUUUUAUGCAUUAAAAUAAGUAUAGUAAUUUUAAGUUAAAGAAGAUGGAAGUAAAUUAAUAAAUAUCAUAAUAAUAUAUCUACAUAUUGAAUAAUGCAUAGGAGAAAUUCAAAAUCUUGAAUCUAUUAAUUGGGAUAAAUACUCUUAGAUAAUGGACAAGGGAAUUGAUCUAUUUAAUUAUUUAGAUAUCUUAUUUUAUGAUCAUAAUUUCUUUUUACCUUGUAUUGAAGAUACUUUUACAUUAUAAUAGAUUAAAGAAGAUUAUGAUAAAUUAAGAAAGUAAAACAAUAGACUUUUACCAAAUGGAGGUAUAAAAAGGUUAAUGAUAUAAUUAAUUGCACCAUUUGUUAAAAUUCCAUAAAUGAAGAAACCAAUAAAAAAUUAUUUAUCUAUUAAUUAAUAUAGCAUAGAAGGUAGAAUUGAUUAAUAAAGUUGUUAAAGAAUUAAAUUAUUAAUUGAUGAAGAAUUCUCAGUUCCUUUAUUACAAACAAGGAAAUAAUACAAAAAAAAUUUAACAGAAUUGUUAUAUCAUUAAGAUAAUUAUAAAGAGCAAAUGAAAAAAAAAGAAAAAAAAUCUAAAUUAAUAAAUCAUUCUAAAUUUUAUUAACUUUUAAUUUAUUAUUUUUUAUUAUAAGAUAAUUCACUUAAUAAGAUAGAUAAGUAAGAAUUAAAAAAUUAAAAUGAAAUUCAAGAAAUAUUUAAAAAAUAUUAAUUGACUAAAUUUAUUAAAUGGAAAAUGGUAGAUCAUAAUUUAAUUGAAUGCUUAAUAUAUAAAGAGAAAGCUCAAAAAUAAAUAUUCAUAGCUUUCAAUUAGCUUAAUAAAUUAAAAAAGUAAACUUUAUAAAAUUAAAUAUCAAUAAAUAAUACUUAUGAUUUAUCUUAAAUAGAUUCAAUCGAUGAUGAAUUAGCAAAUAUAAUUAAAUUAAGUAUAUUCAUGGAUAUUCAAAUAUAUUAUGAAUUCAUUCAUAAACUUUGGUUAUUGUAUCCUAGAAUUAUUGAUCCUCUAGUAAUACCAAGAACAUAAAGUAAUUUAUUAGUAGAUUCAAAAUUAUUGGAUAUAUCUUAAUUUAGAGAUAUUUAUAAACAAGAUUUGAGGACUAAGAAUUUAGAUUAAGAGGAAAGAUAAUAAUUAUUGUUUAUUGUUGAAGACUAAUUAUAAAUACUUUAACAAGAAUUAAAUAAAUUUAUUACCCAUAAGUAAUUUAAAUUUGAAGUUUUAGAGAGUAUGCAAUUGAAAAAGAUAGAAUAUUCAGAAGACAUGACAAGAAAAAGACCAUAUUUAAAAAUAACUAAAAUAAUAUAAUUUUAUAAUUCAUAUUUAGAAACACCUAAUUAAGUUGGUAAAUUAAUAAAGAGAACUAAUACAAUAUCAUCUAUAAAAAAAGAAUAAUUAAUUUAAUAUAAACUAAAUUAUGCAUUCAAUAAUAUUAAAAAAGGAUAAUCAGAUAAAAAUCAAUUAGGGAUUACUAAAUAUUAUUGUGAAUAUAUAACUUAAGAAGGGGCUUAUUAAGGAUUUUUAAGAUUUAAUGAAACAAAUUAAUGUAUUUAGUUUCAAUAAGAAGAAUUAGAAUUCUAAGAAUUAUUUUCUAGUCCAGAGGUAAUAUAAACAACAGAGGAUUUAUUUCUUUAAAUUUCUCUAGCUUAGAUAAUUAAUAUAUAUCCAAGGAGAUUUUUAUUAAUGGAAAUUGCUAUAGAGAUAUUUAUUAAUAGAUAGAAUUACUUUUUCAAUUUAUUUACAAAUUAAGAAUAAUAAGAAUUAUUAUAAAAAUUUAAAAAGAAAUAAGUAUAAGUAAUUGAUCCAAUUGAAGAAUUUAAGAAAAUGAAUUAUUAAUAAAAAUGGGUUGAAGGAAAAUUAUCAAACUUUCAAUACUUAAUGUUAGUGAACACUUUUUCAGGAAGAACUUAUAAUGAUUUAAGUUAAUACUUUGUAUUUCCAUGGGUCAUUUCAAAUUAUUAUUCCUAAUAAAUUGAUUUCAAAUAAGAGUAAGAAUAAAAUACAUUUAGAAAUUUUAAAUUACCAAUUGGUGCAAUUUCAAGAAAACCAGAAUAAAUUAUUAAAGAAUACCAAGAGAGAGAAAUAUAUUUAAAAGAUGAAAACUAUCAACAUAAAUAUCAUUAUUCAAAUAUUUAAACUGUUCUAAAUUAUUUAAUAAGAUUAAAAUCUUAUAAAUUGAUUGAACAUUCAGAUUGGUUAUUUUUUAGUAUAAAUUAAUAAUGGGAAAAUAGUAUAAAAUAUGAUAACAAAGAGUUGAUUCCAGAAUUCUAUUAUAUGCCUUAAUUUCUAAGGAAUAUGUAUUUGUAUUAGUAUAUUUAGUAAUUAUCUCUCUUUUGAGACAUUAUAAUAACAAUCAAGCAUUCCUGAUGUAGUAUUACCAAAGUGGGUAAAAACAUAAACAGCAGAAGAAUUUGUUUAUAGAAUGAGAUAAGCAUUGGAGAGUGAUUAAGUAUCUAAUUAAUUAAAUAGCUGGAUAGAUUUAAUAUUUGGAAUCAAUAAUAAUGGAUAUAAUGCAAAAGAAAAUAUGAAUCUAUUUCAUUAUCUAACAUAUGAAUAAAAUUUACAAAAGAUAUUAAAUUAGAAUUAUAAUCAUUAAACAAUUCGAUCAUAUUUAACUAAACUUUAUUAUUUAGGUUAAACACCUAAAUAAUUGUUUCAAAAGGCUCAUUAAAAGAGAAUGUAUAGUUUGUAAUUAUUUACAAAUUAAAUCCCCUUUUUUGGUGAUAACCCAAAUAAAAUAAAUAAGGGUAUUGUCUUUUAAUAAAAGAAAAUAAAAAAUUAAUUAAACAAAUCAUAAAUUCUAGGAUUUUAUCCUUAUUCUAAAAAACUUAAUUAUAUUUUGUAAGCUGAUGAUGAGAAAUAUAAUAAUUUAACCUUAAUAAAGGCUAAAAAUUAAGAGGAUUAAGAAUAUUAUUAUUAAUAAGUCUACCUUAAAUAGGAAAAGAAAUUGCCAGAGAUAAAAAUAGAUGGAUGUAAUCCUUAAAAUUUAUUUGCUUUCAUUUAUGAACAGGAAUAUAAUUUUGGAGAUUAUUAUGACUCCUAAUUUUAUAGUAUUUAUGGAGAGAAAUAGAAUUACAAUUUAUAUUUCUGUUUAGUUGGAUUCUUAGAUAAGAGUGUAAAAAUCUAUGAUUUAAGGAAUAAAAUGAAGGAAUUAGAUAUAGAUAUUUCAUUAAAAAAUGUAAAAAGAACAUCAUGUGUUAGAUAUCAUGCUGUAUCAAAUAUUUUAGCAAUUGGAUCAUUGGAUGGAUUAUUAUAAUUAUUUGAACUCUAAUUCAGACCAUAAAUGUAAGCAAAAGAAUUAUUUACAAAAUAAUUAAAGAAUGGAAUUUUAUGUAUAGAUUUAACAGAUUUUCUUAUAUUAACAGUAGACUAUAAGAAUAUAGCUAACCUAUUAACUUUAGAAGGAAAGUAAUAUAUAAUAUAUUUUAAAGUUUAUUACAUACAAUUUAUUUGGAUAGUUAAUGUUAAAUUUAGAUGUAUUUUUUGGUAUUUAAGAGAGUAAAUUCAUAAAUUUGUAUAUAUACAAUAAAUGGUUAAUAAUAUCUAAAGACUAUGAAUUUAUUAAAUAGAGUUACUAAGAAUAUUAUGUUCACUACUCCUUUUUCAUCUAAAUUUGUAUAGCCUGAUAUUUAUUAUAUUAGUUGUUGUAUACAUUGAAUUAAAAUAUAGAAGAAAACUUGUCUAAUUUUGUACCUAUCAUUUAUAUUUUUGAUAUAUUUGAUCUGAAAUUACAGCAAUAAUAAUUAGGAAGUUUAAAUUAUGAACAAAUACUGUUCAAAUAGGUAAAAUUAAGGGGAAGUUAAAUAUCAGUUCUACAUAUAAGUUUUGAUAGAUAUUAAAUCUAAAAAGAAUAUUAAAUUAAACACAUUUAUUUGAUUGCAAUAGAUAAUCAAAUAUUAUAUUUAAUGGAUGAAAAAUAUGGUAUGAUAUUAUUCUAUAAAAAUAGAUUAUAGACUGAUACUAAGAUAAAAAUUGAAGGAAGGAGGACUCUCUAUUAUUUGA